AUGAGCCGAUAUACACUGCCCCAGCCCACCCCUGUCUGCUCCUGCCAACUCCUUCGGGCCGAGAUCUCCCCUCCCAGGGCUCUGGCUCUGGCUCUGGAGGCGCAGGCCCGCGGACAGACCGGUGCAUCCUGGGGCACGAAACAGAGGCUCUCUGCUCCGGAGGACGCAGAAUGCGGACUGGCCGUACGAGAGGCACAAAAAGCAGACAGUUCCCCGGAGGAGCCAGGCCUGGUUCCUGGAUACAGAGGCCAUGUUCCCGGUGUGGCCUCCUCCUUCGGUUCCACCUACGGCACCACCACCUUCAAGUACUUCCAGGACCACCGCAAUGCAGCCAUGGAGAAGAGCCACACCCACUUCUGCAAAGGCGGCCACUUCCCGACCAUCUUCUCCCCAAGCCCCAGCCUCCUGCAGAGUCACUGUGCCCGCUGGCUGCUCAAGCCCACCUACACCCGCUUCAACCUGGACAGUGACCGCUCCCUCGAGCUCACCCGCUUCUACCAGCUGGCACAGCAGCAUCGACAUCACUAUCGAGACAAGACAGGCCUGGUGCCCCGGGUCCCCUACUUCGUGCUGCCUGUGGAGGAGCGCGAGCGGUACCCCAUCCCCACCGACCUGCCUCCUCUGAGCGCGAAGAAUAAGUGGCACCUUUUUAGAGUCUCCCCCGAGAACCGGAAGGUCUACCAGACGUUCCCGUCGGGGAAGAGGGUCUCCUACCAGGAGCGGCAGAGAAGAGACGCCUACUUUGAGUUUAGAUCGUGA